AGACGCCCGUGCGUGGGGAGCUGGUGGGCGGGGCUGGAGCGGUGGGUACCACCUCCUCUGCAACGCCGGGGCCGGGAGUCUUAGAACCCAGGGCCCGCAGGGGUCCCCGCGGCCGCUGCGAUGCAGAAAUACGAGAAACUGGAGAAGAUUGGGGAAGGCACCUAUGGAACUGUAUUCAAGGCCAAAAAUCGGGAAACCCAUGAGAUUGUGGCUCUGAAGCGUGUCAGACUGGAUGAUGACGAUGAGGGUGUGCCAAGUUCAGCCCUCCGGGAGAUCUGCCUACUCAAGGAACUGAAACACAAAAACAUUGUCAGGCUUCAUGAUGUCCUACAUAGUGACAAGAAGCUGACAUUGGUUUUUGAGUUCUGUGAUCAGGACCUGAAGAAAUAUUUUGACAGCUGUAAUGGUGACCUGGACCCUGAGAUUGUGAAGUCAUUCCUCUUCCAGCUACUGAAAGGCCUGGGAUUCUGUCACAGCCGCAACGUGCUGCAUAGGGACCUGAAGCCCCAGAACCUGCUCAUAAACAGGAAUGGGGAGUUGAAAUUGGCUGAUUUUGGCCUGGCCCGAGCCUUUGGUAUCCCAGUCCGCUGUUACUCUGCUGAGGUGGUCACGCUGUGGUACCGCCCACCGGAUGUCCUCUUUGGGGCCAAGCUGUACUCCACGUCCAUCGACAUGUGGUCAGCCGGCUGCAUCUUUGCAGAGCUGGCUAACGCAGGGCGGCCUCUCUUCCCUGGCAAUGAUGUGGAUGACCAGCUGAAGAGGAUCUUUCGACUACUAGGGACACCGACUGAAGAACAGUGGCCCGCCAUGACCAAGCUGCCAGACUAUAAGCCCUACCCAAUGUACCCAGCCACGACAUCCUUGGUGAACGUCGUACCCAAGCUCAACGCCACAGGGAGAGACCUGUUGCAGAACCUAUUGAAGUGUAACCCUGUGCAGCGCAUCUCAGCCGAGGAGGCCUUGCAGCACCCCUACUUCUCUGACUUCUGUCCCCCAUAGGCUCUCUGACCCCUAGUGGCCAGGCUGGGGCCUGGCCUAUUGCAGCCUCCCUCCCAGGAGGGUAGAAAAGUCAGCUGUGGGAUGCUGUGCACCAGCUGUGCUGGGCCCAGCCAGGGGCGAGUUACCCUGGCCCGCGGUUUUCACUUCCUCCAUGGACUUUAUUUAAUUUCAUAAAUUGGCUCCUUUCCCACAGUCUGCUGAUAUGGUGGUUGGGUGUCACUGAAGGGUGGCUGGGGACCCCUGCUCUGUGAUUCGGCCUACAAGCUGCUCACUGUCGGCUCUGUCUCUUUACGUGCCCUGAGACCAGGAACAGGAGACCAUGAUCCUUGCUCUUUUGGAUGUGUCAUGACAGGCCUGUCUCCACAUGCAGGCUUCUGUACUCCUGCAUACUUUUCUCCUAUGCCUAGAAGGGCCAGAUACAGUCCUAAAGUAGGAUGCCACUGACCUGGGUGCCAAGUUGAGCCAGGCCUCUGUGUGGGUAUCUCUGCGUCCUGUACAGAGCCUCCCAUCUCUGUUUUCUCACACUUGGAGUUGUAGGCUGCGGCAGGAGAGACCCAGAGCUGUGUGGGUCUCUUCCAUAAGAACA